AGUGCUUUGCCUGAACACAUCCCAGGUCCUAAUUUGACGAAACUUACGUGGACAUAUAUAUCUUUAUAUGUGUCUGUAUUCUGGAGAUCAACAUGGACCUGGGAAAUUCAAUAAUUUACUUAUAAAUAACAUCGAUUAAGAACACUGCAUACUUUCUGGAGCACUGCAAUCUCGGAGCAUUUGUGCCAGACUGUGGGGAUUUCUUCAAGCAGUCACCAUUGUUUGUACAACUCGACUCGGAAUUACUGUCUAUACACAAGUUAAUCGCGACGGUUCUUCACCAAUCAACCACAGAAAAAGCAACACAGUGUUUAUAGAUUUAUUAAUUAGAUGAUACAUUUAGUAAACCUGCCAGGACGUUUACAUUGAUAGUUGGAUUUGAAUCGUAUCCGGGUGAGCUAAACGUAAUAUGAAUUUACGUGUGGGUGUGACAUUUUUAUCAUCGACUGGAGCAUGACAACCAAAAAACUUUUAAAACCAUCGCUACGAAUACCACUUGGAACUUUAUCAACAAGCAACAUGAAUUCGGAAAUCACAGUGGGUUCGCCUAUGUCAAAUCUAGCUCAUAAUUUAAGUGAAUUAUCAACAGGGAGAGGGACACCGAAGCGAAAAUUAUCAUUGUCGAGUGUGGACACACCAACAGACUCCAGCAAGCCAACCCCAGAACGCAUGUCAUCAACAGAGUCAGGAUGCUUUGUAGAUUCUCCAACUUUGGUUGACUCCCCAACACUGGAACUGAGUAUGCACCGGUUUAGUAGUGUAUUCAAAAGAAAUGUUGACAUUCCACCUGAUGCCUUUUCCAAAAGGAAGACCAUAGCUUUUAGAAGAAUUGAUUCCUCUCCUUUGCCAUUGUUGAGGUAUGACAGUCCGGUUGACUUCCAAGACAAGGAGAACUCGUGUGCGUGUCAGAAGGAUGAUGAUCUGGAUCUGUUUUCUGAAGACCGCCACAUGCUUGAUCUAGACGAGUCCAGCUCUCAAGACAGUGGUAUCGACAUUGACCGAGACAAGGAUGAACGUUUUCGCUUUGCUGUCCCUGCUAGUGUCCCGCCGAGACGCCCAAAAAUAAUUAGUGAAGACACAUGCUCACCUCAGAAAUACUCCCCUGUUAAAUCUCCAUCUAAGAAGAGAUCAUUUUCAGAAACAUUUAGUUCAUCAAUUGAUGAUACGCCCUUACCAACAUUUGGUUCCACAAGUCCUGUCCAGCUGAAAAUGUCGCCAUUGACCAGCACUGAGGGUGAUGUAGAUGACGGCUUCUUGGAAAUCUUUGAUCAAGAAGUAGCUACGAUUAAUGAUCACGUACCAGGAAGUAUGACCAAAUUAUUCAGUGCUCCUGUCCUGAAUAAGUUGCCAAAAGUCACAGACGAUGACGACACUCCAGUUACAAGAAGAAGUAUACCUCGCAGGUUUAUGCGAUCACAGUCAUUUGAUGUGCGGUCCCUGCCUUUAUCUUUCAAACGCAUUGACCCUCCUCAAGAUGAAAGUGCACCCAUUCAGAACAAAAGAUGGAAGCCUGCUAGUGAAGAUGAUGAUACAGUAGUUGACAUGAAGAUUUCUACCUCAAGAAUGCUGCACCGAUGUCAUUCAGCGAGUGAAGCAUUGAUGAUGUCCGCAUGUGCCCGACUUAGUGAAGAACCCGACCUGAUAGGGGACUGCUCAAAGCCUUACUGUUUGCCGACAGUACCCAGCAAACAUCAAGAUCUGAAAGGAAUCACCCCAGACACUCUCUAUGCUUUGAUGACCAAUCAGUAUGUUGAUGUCAUUUGUGAUCACUGCAUAAUUGACUGUCGUUACCCAUAUGAAUUUGUUGGCGGGCAUGUGCAGGGUGCCCAAAAUUUGUAUACCAAAGAUGACAUAAUAAAGGAAUUUAUUAACAAGCCUCAGAAAAAGAAUGAAAGUGGGAAACAACAAGUGCUUGUUUUUCACUGUGAGUUUUCAUCAGAACGGGGACCAAAUCUGUCUAGAUUUUUGCGGAACAGAGAUCGUGACAUGAAUAAAGACUGCUACCCUGGCCUUAACUACCCAGAAAUAUAUCUUCUAGAAGGUGGAUAUAAGGCUUUCUAUGAAAAAUAUCAGAACAUGUGUGACCCUCAAGGAUACAAGCCCAUGCUUCACAAAGACCACAGUAAUGAUCUGCGUCACUUCCGAGCCAAGUCCAAAUCGUGGGCAGGGGAGAAGACAGCUGGGCGCCCCGGCCUGCGCAACCUGAAGUUUUAAACUUCAGGACUUCAAUAUCAACACAAUUUAUGAUUUCCAUUAUAAUGGUUUCCGUGGCUCAUUAAUUUAUUUCUAAUAUUUCGUGCUCUUAGGAUUCAAGUGACAGUUAUUACCAAUAUGAUUACCCACUCCUUGAUUAGUUUUUUUAGGUGGGAUCAUUUCCACCCCUAAAAACUUAACAUAAAAACUGGCUUUACUUUUCUGUACUUUCAUUUCCUCUUGUGUUCUUGAAGAUUGUUCCUGAAGAUUGUUCCUGCUAUAGUUUCUUUUGAGCUCUUUGUUUCAAGAACAUGCAUGCGGUAUAUUUACAAAGUGCACAUUUAUAUGUUAUUUAUUACAGAUGAAAACAUUCUCUUUGCUCUCAUCUUAUCUUAUUUCCACUCCCAUUAUCUUUCAGUUCUUGUGUUCCACUUGUUACUAACCCAGCCCAAUUUUCUACCAGGUUUUUUUUUUGUUAUCUUGGCCAUUCCCACUCAUCAGCAAGCCAUAUUUAUAACUGUAGGCUCAUUUUCAUUUGUUUAACCAAGUGCAGUCAUUAUUGGUCAAAUAAUAAUAGCGGUUGACUAUUCUAUUUAUUUAUUUAUUGAUUAAAAAGAAAGUAAAAUUGUAGAAACCCCAUACAAAGAACAUGUUAACAUGUCAGCUUCUAUACUACAUAAAUAAAAUACAAAUAGCUUACAUUGUCAAUGCUGAUUAAUAUCAGAUUAUCAAAACAUUGAUUAUUUGAUGCAUUUAGCAUUUGAUUAAUGAGAGAGUGUGAAAUAUGGUAGUUUUUCAAAGGUGAUGACGACCUUCAUAGACCUGUACAAAUAAACAACAAUGGCAGCGACCAAAGAUGAUUCUUUUUAUCGUACGCCGAAAACCUUUGGCGGAAAAAAAAAAAUAGACCUGUACAUUCUACUAACAUUUUCGAUUUAUCAUAUAUGAUAGACACCUGAUAUCAUCAGUGCACUUCAAAAUUUUGUGAUUUAUUUUUUAAAAUACAUUAUGGUGUUAAAAAAAUUAUAGUGGGAGUUAAUUUGUUAAAGCACAUGGAUAUUUGUUCUCUGGUGUUAUUUUCUGCAUACAAAUGAAAAUGUCCUUCAUGUAUCCCUCUGUGCAGUGUAGUCAGCUUCUAGGGCUCAGUUUAUAAAGUGAUCUCAGAGCUAAGAUCACCUUAAAUACUUGGCUACCUUAUGCCCUUACGGUGAUCUUAGUGCUAAGAUCGCUUUGUAAAACAGGGCUCUAAACAAUACUAUUAACCAACGAAUGUUAAUUUUGACGCGAUUCUGGCUUGUUUGCUCAUGAAUUUGUUCUUCCCUUUCUUUGUCCAUUCCUCGCAUCCUUUGCGACAGACCUGCUCAUUUCAAUCAUUGUGUCACUUGAAUUCUACAAUAAGACUGGAUGAUUUUGCUUUUCCGUCAUAGAUGUGGGCAAACAAAGUGCUCAUCAUUCACAUGUGUUUGUCUUGCUGUUUAUAUAUCCGCUGUUGUGUGUUUCAUGGUGGAAAUCUUGUACAUACUCCAACACUGUUAUUUCUGCACCAACGUGUACAAAAAACAAAUGAAGUUAAAACUAUACAGUUUUCAGUGUGCCUUCUAUCGACUGUCUUUCAUUUCUUCCAUUUUCUCAUCUGUCGAUCUUUCUGGCAUGUCUUUAUAUCUGUUGUAUAUUGGAAUGUGUGGAUGAAUUUGUGUAUAUUAUGUGGAUGGAUAUAUUUAAUAUAAAGUAUGAAAGUGAGUGCUAUUUUACUAUGAAUGUCAUAGUGUAUGUUUCACGAGGAAGGAGUUAGUUUUAGUACAGAAUUUAUUUUAAAUCAGAAGAAUAUUGCAAAAUAUUUACAUGUAAAGAGAAUUAUGAUAUUUCUGUAAAGGCCAUUCCUGAACGAUUCUGUUUCAAGAGUUGGUGUCUGCUUUACAGAUUAUAUUUUCUGUACCUCGGAAACAUUAUCACUUCAACUAUUUACUUUUACGGUUUGUUUCGUGAGUGUUUUAUCAGAUUUUUUACUUAUUUUCCUCUACUGUUAUCUGACUAGGAAUCCCAUCACUGAUUUUGUGAGUUUAAAUGUUUCAGCUUGCACUGUGAAGUUGUAAAAUUUAAGCCAUGUGUGAUCAAUGUCUGUAAAUGUCAGUUAAAGAAAAUACAAAUCAUUGAACCACAUAUAAUUAAAGUCACUUGACAGUCUCUUCGGUCAGUAACAAAAGUUCUGUAAUAUUUAAUUAUUGAACUCUUUUUCUUUCUUUUGAUAAAAAGAAUUUAAAAAGAAUUGAAAAAAAUUGUUUGAAGAAGUAAUAAAUGCAGACCGAGUUGCAAAUGUGAAAGUCAUGUGUCUUUGGGUUGUUGUUUUUUACUUGGACUGUAUGAACAAAUAUGAAUUCAGCAUGCUACAUCUGGGUAGCCAGUUUUUAUUCAGUCUUUAAAGUAUAACUUGUUUAAAUGAUUCUUUAAUUUUUUAAUUUAUGGAAUGCUGUUACAAGUGCUGACAGCCUUGUAGUGAUAUUCAUAAUGGAUGAGUUUACUAUUUUUGUUCUGUUUGAACACAGCAAUGGUAAACGUACAUUUUGUUAAUGGAUUGUUAAAGAUUUGAAAUAGACAUACAUAUCUUAAAGAGAUAAAGUUAAGUUAUACACGUACCAACAAACUCAUUUUAAAUAUAAUGGUUUUCACUAUAUAAAGCAAACAAUGAUUGUGUCUUUCAAUAACAAUCAAAUACAUUUGUUUGAGGCUACUAGAAAAUAGUUAAAAAAAUUCAGGUAUAUAAAUACUUGGUGAUAGACAAGUUUCCAUAAUGUUUUAGAAACAAUUUAAAGUAAUUCCAUUUCAUACUCAAAUCAGGUUUUAAAAUUUUAUUUUCACCUGAACCAUUUUGUAUGACUGGCACUUUGAAAAAAGAUGCUAAUAAAUUAUAUAUACAUUUUUAAUGAGUUUGUUAACAGAUAAAUCUAACCAAAAACUGAUACAUGUUUGUGUAUCUGUAAAGUAGCCCACGUCAUGUUUGUCCAACGUUUGUUUUUCUAGAUCUGUUGUUUGUGUUAUUUAUUUAUAGAGCUUGCUGUUAAUAUCACUUGGUGGUAGAUGAGGAUUGCUGAGAUAGAUAGAACUCUGUUAAUCUGCUUGCAUUUUACAUCAGCUUUUGUUUGUCUUUGUUACUUAUGUUUCUGUUAUUACUGUCAAAGUAAUAGUUAAGGGUCAUCAAUACUAUUUUGUAAUUUUCAGAAGUAUUCAAAUUAUCUGCUAGAGAACCCAGCCCCCCCCCCCCCCUCCCCCACCCCCACCCCUCGACUUUCCCCAAAUUACUACACGUCAAAAUUCAUUUUAAUCAUUACUAUUUAUUUACAAAGCAUGCAUUGUCUAUGACCCUGCUCCUUCCAGCAUGAAGUUUGAAUGCAUGUGCAAAUUGUUAGCAGAUGACCCUUAACAACUUUAUUGUGUAAAAAGACUCUCUUAAUCAUGUUAUCUAAAUGUCUUUUUAAGUCUUUAUGUUUGAAAGAUUAUACGCUGUCUUUGUAUGAUUUGUUUUUAUUUUUAUUUAGAUUAGAAUGCUUUUAAAAUUUUAUAUAUAUAACCAUGGAGCAAGAUGACGCCCGUCUUAAAAAACAGACAUCUUUCUUCUGCUGUUAUAUUGACACACUGCCUUUACCUCGUCUGCUUUUAGCCUGUCUGUCAUUCUGUCCGACCGCCCUUUAUGUACCUCUCGGCCUGUCUGUCAUUCUGUCCGACCGCCCUUUAUGUACCUCUCGGCCUGUGUGUCAUUCUGUCCGACCGCCCUUUAUGUACCUCUCGGCCUGUGUGUCAUUCUGUCCGACCGCCCUUUAUGUACCUCUCGGCCUGUCUGUCAUUCUGUCCGACCGCCCUUUAUGUACCUCUCGGCCUGUCUGUCAUUCUGUCCGACCGCCCUUUAUGUACCGCUCGGCCUGUAUGUCAUUCUGUCCAACCGCCCUUUAUGUACCUCUCGGCCUGUCUGUCAUUCUGUCCGACCGCCCUUUAUGUACCUCUCGGCCUGUUGGCCAUCCUGUCCGACCGCCCUUUAUGUACCUCUCGGCCUGUCUGUCAUUCUGUCCGACCGCCCUUUAUGUACCUCUCGGCCUGUAUGUCAUUCUGUCCGACCGCCCUUUAUGUACCUCUCGGCCUGUCUGUCUCUGUCCAAUCUCUAUUUAUUAUUAUUUCCUUGUAUUUUUUUUUUCCACAUCUAGUUUCCUACCAUGCACUUGAAAUGGGGAAAGUAUAUAUAAUUCUAUAUCAUUAUAAUGAACAGUUUAGCAUAAUUUUCCAUUUUGUCUGGUUUUAAUCCUACAUUUAUUCACAUGAAUUUCUGUCCCUAAACAUUUUUGGUUUGAGAGUGUAAUUAAGGUAUCUUGCUAUAGUAGUUUUCAAACUGGAUGUGAUGAGGGAUGGAUGUGUUAUAAAAGACUGAAAAGAAAGUUUUCAUUAUAUAAAUGUAAUAUCUAGCAGACAUUGAAGUUGUAGAAAAUCUGAACCUUAAUUUUGAACAGUUUCAAUACAUCACCUUCCAAGUUGACACUUUAUUUUUCAACUGGGCCACAAGGUUAAUCCAGCUUCUUUAUUAGCUAAUUUCAAUUUUCUCAUUUUUAACAUAUUUUAAACAAUAUUUUUAAAGUUUAUAAUAGUUUUAAUUAAAGUAUCUUCUUGCAUGUUAUCACUUUUCCUUCCUUCAAAAGUUCAGGGACUCUAAUUCUUAAUCAUCUUAUGGUUGCAAGAUGAGAGUGAAUCAUGUGCAGUGGAAAAUGUGUAAGAAAAAACUAGUACUGGAGCAACAGUAUUAAGUAGUAGUGUUGUGUGCAGUAUUAUAUAAUUACAUCUAAAACUGUAAGAUAAUGUGUUGUUUCCAUGGCUACAUUCAUAAUUGCAUCUAAAACUGUAAGAUAAUGUGUUGUGCCCAUGGCAACAUUCAUAAUUACAUCUAGCACUGUAAGAUGUGUUGUGUCCAUGGCUACAUUCAUAAUUACAUUUUAAUAUCGUAUAACAUAUGUUGUGCCCAGUGUUCAUUAUUGUAUACAAAAAGCUAGAUAUAAGAUGUCGAUUUGUAUGAUGGUAUUUAUAUGAUUCAGAAUAAUUCUAUCAGAGAACAUUAAUAUUUGCAGAUCUCAUUGUGGACUAAUAACUAAAUAUUUAACCAUGAAAUAAAAACUUGGAGAUUGACAUCUA